AUGGUCUCACUAAGCACAACCGCCGGUGACCCUCUCUCCGCACGUGACGGCAAAUCCACCUGCGACACACUCUGCUCACCCGCUACAGCUGCAAACCCCUCGCCGGCCAACGCGGCCUACUACACCCAUUACGUCAACCACGUCGCCAACCCAAGCGCACCCCACCCAAAAUCUCACUCCCAACUUACACAUCCCAGCCUUGCGCCACGCUCAUCCCUGACCGCCACGGCACCCCCUUAUCCCAAUCGCAGCCCUAACCGACCCAACGUUGCAAGCCACCCGCUGGUCAGCCCCAGCUCGGCCCCCACACCGCCGCGCAUACGCCAAUCACGCGCCGCCCUCGUUCCCAGCCCAAGGCCAGCUCCCACCGGCACUCGUAUCCGGCUCCUCCCGACAGACGGCCUGCUCGAGACGCAGCAACAGAAACCCUCCGCCGCAGCCCUCCGCAAAGGCGCGCACGCUUUCUGCGCCGCGCUGCUGUCCCCACCUGCCCCGUCGGAACUCUUGCAAACGUACUUUACCUCCACGCCUAGGAUCACCGAGCACGGGCCGCGCUGGGCGGCGUCCCGGCUGCCAUUUCUAGGGAAAACAUUCCAAGGGCGGGACGGCUGUGAGGAGUACUUCGGUCUGCUCGGCGAUGUGCUCGAGAUGCAGUUGCCCAAGGACGCGCUGCCGGGACCCGAGGGGUUUAUUGUGGAUGCGGAGGCGGGCAUGGUGAGUGUGGUGGGGAAAGGACGUUUCAAGAGCAAGAAAACGGGGAAGGGUUGGGAUGAGCAGUUCAUCUAUCGGUUGAGUGAGUUCGAUGCUGAGGGAAGAUUUGGGCAUUGGGAGAUUUGGGCGGAUCCGCUUAGUGCUUGGGAUGCGGUCGGUGAGUGAGUGCGACGUACAACCUGAAGCCAAACCAGUAGAACUCGUAUAUGGAGUGUGAUAUAGUUUGGUAUGCCAUUGUUCAUCCAGCGAAGCUCUCUAUAGAAGUAGAAGUAGGCUCGCAUCAAU